AUGGGGAUUGCAGGACCAGGCGUUCAGCCUGAUACUGCUACAGUCCCCGGGGUUGAAAGUCUUCAUAGCAGUGGUGCCUCCCCGUCUUUGCCGAGUGGUGCGAGCAAUGCGCCUGCAGGGGCUGAUGUACCCUCUUCUGCUGCUGUCUCAGAGCCUGUCGGAUCUCAACCCGAGGGGACGUCUGUUGGUGUCGGGGUUCAGUUCCUUGGUAUAAUACAAUCUGGGAUGCUGCAAACAUUCCCAGACAUUCCUUCAUCAGCUGCCUCAUCUUUCUCCUCCUCAAGCUCAAUCUUCUUCUCUAAUGGAGCCCUCUCGAAGCAGAGACUGACCUCAGUCUCAGUACGGAGAGCUGGCCCCACAUCGGGACGCCGUCUUGGUUGCCGUUGUCUCUUUGGGCUCGGAGUUCCGGAGCUCGUCGUCAUUGCUGGAGUCGCUGCGUUGGUGUUUGGGCCGAAGCAGUUGCCUGAGAUUGGACGGAACAUUGGAAAGACCGUGAAGAGCUUUCAGCAGGCAGCCAAAGAAUUUGAGACAGAGCUGAAGAAGGAACCCGACGAGGGGAGUAAGCCCUCUCUUCCAGAAGAUCCUAAAGCUUCUAGCAGCGAAGACGAGAAAAAGGAACUUGAAACAUCGGGCACAACAGAGAACAUUUGAAAUCAUUAGAUUAAAUUUGUUUCGAGUGUCUCUUUGUAGUUCUAGCUGUUAAAUAUAUGGCCUGUAUGAAUUGUAUCCUUAUUAAAAUUGCGGUUGAUGUGGCAGCAUUUGGCUGAAUAAUGUGCAGUAUGUUGGCUGUUUAUUGCCUCGAUGCUACGAGAGCAUCCAUUAUUUGAACA